AUGUUUUUAAAUAAGUUUUUAGGAAGAACACAUCGUAAUUAUUACAAAUGGAAAGAAAACAUUUAUAAAUUUCAUUAUCGUUUCAAAAAUACUUGUUACGACGAGUUGAUAUAUAAAAAUACAGUUUUAACGACGGAUCAUUUGACUCCAGAAAUAAAAUUAAGAUUGAUUACACCUGAAUGUUCGUUGUGGCAUGCAAAUCCAAAAGAAUCGAAAUUUCCUGAUGAUCCAUUUUGGGGAAUUUAUUGGCCUGGAGGACAAGCCUUAACAAGGUUUGUGUUAGAUAAUAAAAAUUUAAUAAAAGAUAAAAAUAUUAUAGAUGUUGGUUCUGGUUGUGGAGCAUCAGCAAUAGCUGCCGUUAAAUCAGGUGCUGAAUUUGUUUUAGCCAAUGAUAUUGAUAUUGUUAGUUUAGCUGCCAUAAAUAUCAAUUCAAAACUUAACAAUGUUGAAUUGUUCACUUCGAACAAAGAUUUAAUAGGUAAAGAAAUCGACAAGUUAAAUUUGAUUGAGGAAAUGUAUGGAAAACAUGUUAAAUGGGAUAUCAUAUUGAUUGGAGACUUGUUUUACGACAGUGACAUAUCAUCUAAAUUAUUUCUCUGGUUCAUUGAUUUAAUUGAAAAGGGUAAAACAAUUUUGAUUGGAGAUCCCGGUAGACAUGGUUUGAAUGUGAUAAAUGAAAUCAACUUAAAAUGCAAACUUACCAAAUUAACUGAAUAUCAUUUUCAAAAUAUCGAACAUAAUGGAUUUCCAAAUGCAGGAGUUUAUAAAGUUGAAAAAUUAUGA